CCCACGAACGCCGCCCACCGCUUGCUAUCCCGUACGUAGGUCACAGAUCUCCAGAAAACUCGAGCAGAGCUUAAUCAGGGAUUUUGGCGAAAGAACCAGAAGGAAAGGAAAGGAAGGGGGAGGAAGCAAAUGACAACGCGAAUCGCUCCGGGAGUUGGAGCAAACUUGCUUGGUCAACACUCCGCUGAGAGGAACCAAGACGCCACUGCGUAUGUCGGCAAUCUUGAUCCUCAGUUAUCUGAAGAGUUAUUAUGGGAAUUAUUUGUUCAAGCCGGUCAUGUUGUUAAUGUUUAUGUGCCGAAAGAUAGAGUGACCAACUUGCAUCAAGGAUAUGGAUUCGUCGAAUUCCGAAGUGAAGAAGAUGCUGAUUAUGCUAUUAAGGGGCUCAACAUGAUUAAGCUUUAUGGAAAACCGAUUCGUGUAAAUAAGGCAUCUCAGGAUAAAAAGAGUUUAGAUGUUGGUGCAAAUCUUUUUAUAGGGAACCUUGAUCCAGAUGUGGAAGAGAAACUUUUGUAUGAUACCUUUAGUGCAUUUGGAGUCAUUGUUACAAAGCCCAAGAUAAUGAGAGAUCCUGAUACUGGAAAUUCACGCGGUUUUGGAUUCAUCAGCUAUGAUUCUUUUGAGGCAUCCGAUGCUGCUAUUGAGGCAACGAAUGUCCAGUAUCUCUGUAACCGCCAAAUAACAGUUUCGUAUGCAUAUAAGAAAGACACGAAAGGGGAGCGUCAUGGCACCCCAGCAGGUUCAUUUCUACGUUUUUCUCCGCAGCCAACUAUUCCAUCAUGUCCCCUUUUUUGGGCUAUUAUUUUUUAUGCCGGCUGUCUUUGCUGUAGCUAUGGGUAAGUAGCUCUAAAACUUUUCUUUGUAAUACAGAGAGAGUUGUCGCAACCAUCUUUCGGUUGGGCCCCGGAAUUGGGCUUCGACUUGAAAAAUGUGGAUUGUAGU